AGUUUUCUUUUGCGAGUUCGAGUUCUCGCAGUCCCAGCCAUUCGGCGUCAACGCGCUUCCUCACAUCCGCCUCGUGGGUCCUUCCACGGUUAAUCACCGGGAUGAAUCCGGUCAGAUGGACCGAGGGGAUUACUCUCGUGUUUAUUGUCGUACUCGCACUUCUCGUCAAGCCCUCUUCGGCGAUAUACUGUGGCGAAGACGAUUGCUAUGAUCUUCUUGGCGUGACACAGAGUGCGAAUUCUUCGGAGAUCAAGAAAGCUUACUACAAGCUCUCUCUGAAACACCACCCAGAUAAGAAUCCGGAUCCGGAAUCGAAGAAGCUGUUUGUCAAAAUCGCCAAUGCUUACGAGAUUCUGAAAGAUGAGGCUACUCGGGCACAAUAUGAUUAUGCGAUUGAACAUCCUGAAGAGGUGUUUUACAACACAGCUCGAUACUAUCGUGCAUACUAUGGACACAAGACGGACCCCCGUGCUGUUCUGGUCGGUCUGUUCGUUAUUCUUUCAGCAUUUCAAUACAUGAACAGAGUGGCCAGGUAUAAUGAGGCUAUAGCGAUGGUAAAGCGGACUCCUGCUUACAAGAAUAGGCUUAAGGCCUUGGAACUCGAACGCACCGGUGGAGUAACUAACAAGAAGAAGGGUCAUAAGCAGAUUGACAAGAAACUGGAGGAAGAGCUAAGCAAAGAACUAGAUCUACAGAUCAAAGGUGCUGAAAAGCCGUCGUUCUGGGAACUUCUUGGCGUCCAAUUUAUCCUCCUUCCGUACACUCUCAGCAAGCUGCUACUAUGGUACAGUUGUUGGGUAUGGAGAUACAAUGUGAAAAAAGCUCCGUAUUCAUGGGAAGACGCAUCAUACCUAACGCAGAAAGCCCUUAGGUUGCCUCCUGAUGCAUGGACUAAUAUCGAUGGAUCUACAAAGGAAGAUUUAGUGCGGAGACAGAUGUGGGAGAAGCAGAAUCUAGACAACUACUUUGCGGAACUGCGUAAAGAGUCAAAACGGAGAAGAUAGGCUAAAGAUUGUACUGAUGGCUUCACAACAAAGUCAAAACUCUUAUGGGUUUCCACGGUGGGUCUUGGUCCUUAUUACAUUGUCCAUGUGAGCUGCAUGGUGUUUUAGUAGGCGUAGGCAAGAGACUUGAACUCUGGUCGGGAUACCUAAAAACCAUGUGUUCAUCCACCGGUAGGAUGGGCAUGGAUCUUGCAAGCAGGUUCAAGUUCAGAUUUCAACUAGAGAU